GCAUAUCUCACUGGUUGAGCAAACGAGAAGGUGACGCCAGGGAGGAGACGCAAGGGGCCAAGCAUAUAUAAAUUGCCUACUCCUCUCUUCCUCGAAAUAUGCAUGUGACUGCUCAAUCUACUUUGAAAUACAGCACAUCCCUCCAUCAAGCAUAUCAUUACCCCAGGACAAACACUCAACCCGGAGAAUACUUACAAACCUCCUGUCCAUACGCACACACUCUCCCACUCUCGUCCCCCAGACCGACCAACCGACAUCGAUCACAAUAUGUCCAACUACGGCUCUAACCAAGCAACCCGGCAGCAAGGAUCCGGCGGCGACGGCAGCUCCUACAGCUCGGUCUUCUACAGCGCGUCUGCGUCGUAUUCGACCUCGAGCUCCAGCUCCACCUCGCGGGGCGGCGACCGCGACCCGCAAACCCAGAGCCACGCGCAGCGGUACACCGAGACCAUGACGAGCAAUGACCGCGACGGGACCAACAUCCGGCGCGUGGCCGAGGAGACGGGCAGGCCGGUCCGGAGCGAGGAGACGUACAUUCCGCCCCGGGGGACGACGGCGGCGGCGGCGGCGAGGGGGAUUGACGACGGCGGUCGCGACGGCGGGGGCAGGAUCGAGGAUGUCACUGACGCGGACGCCGACGAGGAGCACGACCAGGACAGGGACCAGGCGGCGAGGGAUAGGGAGUAUGAGGAGAGGAUGGAGGACGAGUAUGCCAAGCGGGAAGGGGGUGCUUGA